GGAAGGUGACUCUCUCGGUAGCAGCUACAUACUACAAGUCUAUGGAGAACACACGGAAGCCAAAGUGGGACUUAAAAAAUUCACUCCGCUCUUUUCCUGCUCUGGAGCAUCGAGCAACAGUGCAGUGACUGCUACGAUGCAGAGAUGAUCACAGAUAAGGAGGACCUAUUUUUCGUGCCACGGGAUGAUGGAAAAGCUGCCCUGGCUACUGGAGGAGCAGAGAACAAGCCACCUGGGCAAAGAGCUGGUCCAGAAAGACCAGUUCGCAUUAGUGCUGGUGGCCCAGUGCUUACAGACAGCACCAAGCGAUGCAAAUUAAGCAGUAGCCAAGAGCCGGCCCUCCACGAAAGUCCUGGGAUGUUACAGCAAAUGACAAAGAAGGCAGGCGCUGCCGUGGAAGAGAAACCCAAAAGGAGCAUUUUCAGCAUAUCGUUUUCUAAAAGCAAAAAGGAAAAAUGCACUGCUCAUGAUAAAGGGACUUCAAGUUUCAGCUCCAGCCACAAAGGGAAACCUGCAUUGCCUUCCAGGGAAGAGAGUGCAAGUUGUGCAAAGAGGGCCGAGACAGAGGACUUGAAAACGUCCAGUCACCACCAAGACCAUUACCACAGGAAUGAAGGAAAACUGCCUGAUCCAGCCAUCUUUUCCCCAAUGGAAUCCUCUGUAGACUACGAGGAGGACAUGUACCGCGAUGCAGAAGAAAUAGAAAGAGAGAAAGUGUUACUGGUGUGUGGGACAGGCUCCUCAGAUUUUCCAGAAAAUAAGCUAAGUGUUGAACCUGAGGUCGACAUUAUGGACUACUGCCAAGAGGAAUGGAGAGGAAACACUUCCCACGCCAGAUGCAUAAGAAAGGGCUACAAAGCAGUUUCGCAGAAAUUUAUUUCAAUAAGAAGAGUGCGAGGAGAUAACUAUUGCGCAGUCAGGGCGACCUUGUUUCAAGCACUUGCUCAGACGACUCAGCUUCCUGUUUGGCUUCAGAGAGAGGACAUCAUGCUGCUGCCAGAGAAACUGAUGAACAAAUAUGACUGGAUCACACAAUGGCAACUCAGACAAAAGUGGACCACCAAAGCGGAAAACUUGAUGGAUGAAAUUAAAGAAUGCUUAAUACUAUUGAAGAUGAAGUGGAAGAAUCUGAGUGAAAUGAAGAGCCUCUCGGAGAGACAAGCAGCUUGUGAUAAGCUUUUUAAAAGUGAAGAUGAUGAAUACAGACUCUAUGAGGCUGUGAAAUUUCUCAUGCUAAGCACGGCUAUCAGAUUGUAUGAAGACAAUGAGAAGGGAAAGGAGGUCCCCGUGUUCUCCUGGCUUCUGUUUGCUCGGGAUACCUCCAGCAAUCCUUCCCAGUUGAUGGAAAACCAUUUGAAUCAGCUGGGCCACACAGGAGGACUUGAGCAAGUGGAAAUGUUUCUCUUGGCUUAUGCUUUGCAGCAUACCAUUCAGGUUUAUCGAUUGUACAAGUAUGGCACAGAUGAAUUUAUCACCCUUUAUCCUAAUGAGCCAGAAGAGGCUUGGCCAGUGGUAACCCUGGUAACAGAAGAUGACAGACAUUAUAAUAUUCCUGCUCGAAUGUGCGAAGAGACCAGUUUGUAAAAAAAAAAAAAAAAAAGCAAUAAUUAUGACCUUUCCCCUAUUGUAUAAAUUGAAUAAACAAUUUAAAAGCA